AUAUUCUGAUUGUUUCCACUGUUGGAUAACAUCCUAAAUAAGUGGGAAAUGUGGAAAUUUUACUUUAAUUUUAGCUUGGCUAGAGGGGAGCUCAUGUAAAAAGUGUCUCAUAUUACCGCUCUUCUCUAUCUCCUAUCUCCUAACUUAAAUAACCUCGUUUACUUAGGCUACAGUUCACGAAAACCAAUGUGAAUAACUAGUGCAAUGAAUACCCUAUCUCUACGUGUUUUGCUGACGUGUGUUCAGUUCUGAUAACAGCAGUCCUCGGUUAAAAUAAACCAGCAACUGGAGAGUUGAGAAGGCUUCAUCCUCUGGCGGACACGCGUGGCUAGCUUCUUCCUGCUUGAGGUUGUGCUUCGAUUUUUUUAAAGGAGGAAAAAAGAAGUGCGAAAGACAUCCGUCAGGCCACUUCUGAAGGCAAUAUUCACAUCCCAUGCAAAUAAGACCGACGCCUGCAGAAGCGCGCAAGCAGUGGGGCGCGUCACAAUUAGAGCGUGUGACAAACGCAGAAGUUUGGGAAGGUGUGCGGCGUUGCGCUGGGUCUCCCAGUCCCGCUGUUUUAAUGUGUGAGGAACAGACGGGCAGCUUGGAGCUCUUUUCGCCAGGAGUGCGAUGCCCUCUCGUCAGCGGAGGGAACGCGCGACCGGAGGACAAGAGGAAGACGAGGCUACCGAGGGGGACGAUAGGGACUGUCUGGACAUUUGGCGUGUCCGAGCAAUGGAGAUGACUAACCGCAACAUGUGCCCCAACUCAAAACCAGACGAGAGGAACUGUGAUGGGCUGCUCAAACACAACGGGGGUGACACAGAGAUCACCGUCCCGCUGUCCUGUGCUGUCAUCGGCAAAAAGAAAGUUAGUCCAAUGGAAGGCACAAUUUCUCUGCACAAUUUCAAUAACAGAAAACACUUGGUGGUGGUCAAAAGGAGCCUGUGUACGUGGGCACUUGCCACAGCGGUGUUGGGAAUAACGCUUAUGAUUCUCCAUAAUGAGAUGUGCCCUGCCAUAUAUUUACCGGGUUCGACGUACGCGCUGGCUAUCAGCAGUCUCAUCAGCAUCUCCACCGUCAGCCUGGUCAUCCUGAUCCUGGCGUUCCACUAUAAGGAUAUCAGGCUCUUUGUCAUCGACCACAAUGUGCUGGACUGGCGCAUUGCCAUGACGCGCAGCCGGGUGGCCUGCAUCUGCCUGGAGCUGCUGGUCUGCUCCGUGCACCCGGUCGUCAUCUACUGGUGGACCCCUGAAGAGGAGGAGGACGACGAGGGAAAGCCACCGUCAUCGCUGGACACGGCCAACGCCUCCAGCCCGCUGUGCCUGUCGACGCGGCGCGGCAGCACUCUGCACGACGUGGAGAUCCUGCUGUCCACCAUGAUGUUCCUGCGGCUCUACCUGGUGCACCGCACCAUCCUGCUCAAGAGCAAAGUGCUGCUCAACGCCUCCUACAGGACCAUCGGCGCGCUCAACCACAUCAGGUUCAACUUCCGCUUCCUGCUCAAGGUGCUGAUGAUCAAGUACCCGGCGCGCACGCUGAUGGCCUUCAUCAUAUUCUUCUGGUUCCUGACCUCCUGGACGCUCUCGCUGUGUGAGAGGCAGAUUCUGGCGACAACAGGCAACAUGUCCACGGCCCUUUGGCUGACAGCGAUCACCUUCCUCACGGUGGGCUACGGAGACGUCUCCCCAGCCACCGGCUGCGGCAAAGCUGUCUGUCUCUUCACAGGACUGAUGGGUGUGGCCAGCACGGCCAUGAUGGUUGCUGUGGUGGCGAGGAAGCUGGCCCUUAAUAAAGGAGAGAAGCACGUCCACUACUUCAUGACGGACACCCAGAUGAGCAAACGGGUGCGGCACGCUGCGGCUAACGUGCUGAGGGAGUGCUGGCUGCUUCACCGCACGGACGUGAUGAAGGGCAGCGGCAGAGAGCACCGCGACCGCCAGAGGCGUCUGCUGGAGGGCAUACGAGUAUUCCGACAUCUUCGCCUCAAACAGAAGAAGUUGCGGGACUUUGCGAGUGAGAUGAUGGACUUCGAGAAGAUGCAGAUGAUCAUGUGCGACCUCAGCAACAACUGGAACAGCUCCCACCGAGAGCUGGAGCUGCGGAUGGUGUCCAUGGAGGAGAAGCUGGACACCCUGAACCAGAGCUUACAGCAGACCACCCGGCUGCUGAACGAGGCCCUGGGUCUACAGGGCCUGGAGCGGAGGCCUUCUCGCCUGUCUUCUCCACACAGGUGACUCUGCAGGCACCUCAGCUGCUCUCCCCUCUCCUCUCCACUACUUUGACUCCACUAAGCGCUCCCACAACAAUGGGACUCAUGGACUUCUGUCCCCAUUAAAUGUUUCCGCCGAGGA